AUGCGGGUUCUUUUUUGGAAUAUCAAUGGUGUUGCGAGUACAACAGCACAUUCUAAGCUUAGGGAGCUGAUUAGAGAUUUCCAUCCUGAAGUUUUUGGCCUUGCUGAACCAAAAGUGGCGUGCUCAACAAAUUUUGGGAGGAGGCUAAUUUCUGAAGGUUAUUCUUCGUUUAUUAUUAAUAAUUCUGCUAAUUCUGGUAUUGCAAAUCUUUGGGUUUGUUAUAAGGAUGGGCUUCAUGUUUCUGUAGUUAAUUCUAGUAAACAAGCUAUUACUAUUGCGGUUGAUGGUGUGUAUAUCUCUUUUGUCCAUGCUAGCUACAUUCAAACUACUAGGCGCAGGCUUUGGCAGCAACUAGUUAUGCAAGAUACAAUUACACCUUGGCUUGUCAUAGGUGAUUUUAAUUGUAUUUUGCGUUUGAAUGAGAAGAAAGGUGGCUUGGAAAUAAGAUCGUCUGUUAUUGAUGAGUUCAGUGAUUGGAUGGAUGAUAAUGAUCUUUUUGAAUCGGAUUCCUUGGGCAGCAAAUUCACUUGGUGUAAUAGGCAAUCUGGUACUAGGCGUAUUGUUAGUAAGUUGGAUCGUGCAAUUAUUAAUGCGGCUUGGCUUGCUAAAUUUGAGAAUUGGCGGCGUAAAGCUCUUCCUAGGGAAGUUUCCGACCAUUCUACUCUUCUUGGGUAUCCUUUUUAUGUUCCUAGGCCUUGUCGAGCUCCUUUUCGUGUUCAAAAGAUGUGGUUUUUACAUGGGGAUUUUCUCCGGAUGCGGCUGAAGAUUGCAAUGAAGGAUUGGAAUCUGAGGAUUUUUGGUAAUGUGAAUUCUCGUUUGAAGCAAGACCAACUUCGUUUUGAGAUAGCAGCUCUUAUUUCAGAUGAGGAUCCUAGUAAUACUGCUAAACUAAAUGCAAUGAAGGAUGCUAUGAAGACUUUAUGUGAUACUCAUUUGCAACAGUUAACUAUGCUCAAGCAAAAGUCUAGGAACAAAUGGUUGGUGGAGGGUUCAAGUAAUUCCAGUUUCUUUCAUAAUAGCAUUAGAAUUAGAAAAAGUUCUAAUACUAUUUCGGAACUUGUUGAUAUGAAUGGGACUUGUUUGACAAAUUAUGAGCAGCUUCGUAAUCAUGUAGUUCAGUUCUAUGAAGAUAAGUUCAAUGGCCAAGAUCCGGUGAUAGAAGGUGAUUUAUUUGAUUUUGAGCAUGCUUCAAUUUAUGUUGAGGAGAGCAACGCCAUGGAUAUGAUUCCAUCCCCGGAAGAAAUUAAGCAAGCUGUUUUUGAUCUGAGUGCGGAUAGUGCCCCAGGGCCGGAUGGUUUCUCUGGUUGUUUCUAUCGUCAUUGUUGGGAUAUUAUUCAUGAUGAUUUAACCAAGGCCAUUAUUCAUUGCUGGAAUGCGGGUAGGAUUCCAAAUGGUGUUAAUUCAUCUUUUAUCAUCUUGCUGGCUAAGUCUGCUAGAAUUUCUGUCAUUUUGAAUGGUAGUCCGGAAGGUUACUUCAGAAUUAACAGAGGUUUGCGUCAAGGUAAUUCCAAAAGUCUUCACAAUCUUGUAGACUUGUUGGGAAGAUAUCAGCGUGCUUCAGGUCAGACUGUUUGUCGCCAAAAGAGUAAGAUUUAUUAUGGUGGUGGUUCUUCGAGUUGGUGUAAUUAUAUUGCAUCUUAUUUGGGGAUGAGUGUAGCUACUUUUCUAGACCGCUAUUUGGGAGUUCAAAUUAUGCCAGGUAUUGUUCGAUAUAGCCAUAUUAGCAAUGUUGUUGAAAAGAUUAGAAAUCAGCUUGCUGGUUGGAGAGGGAGGUUAUUAUCUUUUCAUGAUCGCAUUGUUCUUGUUAAAUCAGUUAUUUCCAGUUAUUAUAUUCAUAAUAUGGCUAUUUAUAAGUGGCCUCAUAAGUUUAUUCUUCAAUUUGAGAGGGCUAUCCGUAACUUUAUUUGGUCUGGUGAUUCGAACAUUAAUCGUGUGGUGGUAGUGGCUUAUGAUAAAAUAUGUUGCCCUUUUGAGGAGGGGGGUCUCGGACUAACUCGUAUGGACACUAUGAACAAAGCUCUUAUUAUGAAACUAUGGUGGAAGAUUCGUACUUCUACAAAGAAGUGGGCUCUUUUCCUGAAUGAAAAAUUAUUUGAUCGUAAGGGUUGUAUUAAGCAUUCUGGGGUUAAAUCUUCUAUUUUUCCUGGUUUAAGGAGUGUGUAUAAUUGUGUGGAAAAGAAUGCUAAGGUCUUAAUUGGUGAUGGUAGAGAUACUUCUCUUUAUUAUGACAUUUGGUUUGAUAAGACUAGUAUUGCUGAAGUGCUAAAUGAUUAUUCUCUAGAUGCAACAGCAAGAGUUAGUGAUAUUUUAAAGGAUGGCCUUUGGGAUAUUCCUGAAAUUCACCUGCAAUUCUUGAUUGCCGCUGGCCUAGAGUUGAAUAGGAUGCCAAUUCCUAUGGGUGGAGCUGAUGUUAGGGUAUGGAUGCCGGAGUUGAAGGGUGAGUUCAGCGUUAAGUCUGCAACUGAGUUGAUUCGGCAUAAGUAUUCUCGGCUAGAAGGUACGCAACUUUUGUGGAGAAAAGAAGUUCAUCCUGUUCUUGCUGCUCAAAACUGGAAAUUCUUACGUGGAGCAUGUGCUACGUAUGACCUUAUUAGGCGCAGGUUCAAGAUCUCUCUUGCUAACAAAUGCUGCCUGUGUGGUGUUCAAGAGGAAACUCUUACUCAUGUGUUAUAUGAGUGUUGCUUUGCUACAAGGGCCUGGAAUUGGCUAGCUGAUGUGUUCAAAUUACAACCUAAUGCUAACCUUAUUUUUUCUUUUAAAGCAGCAAAAGGAAGGAGUCAUAUUGUCCAUGAUCUGUGGCUUAUUGCCAACCUUGUUCUUAGGUCGGAGCUAUGGCAGUUGCGGAACAAGGCUGUUUUCGAGGAUAAAAAGCCUAAUUGGAGUAUCUUUCAUAAGCGCGUUCUGAAGUUGAUUCAAGAUUAUUCAAUUCGGAUCAAGGGUCAUAUGAACAAUAGUGCUGAUGAUGUUGUUCUUCUGAACUAUUUUAGAGUUCAGCACCAUAGUGUGAAGUGGCAUCAACCUGUGGCUUGUUUUUGGUUACCGCCUGAGGCUAAUGAAUUAAAAAUUUGUUGUGAUGGAGCGGAGAGAGGUAACCCAGGCGUUGCGGGUGCAGGUGUAGUAGCUAGGGAUGAGCAUUGUUCAGUUCUUGGUGCUAUGAUCAAGAAAUUAUAA